AUGUCGUUGAAAAGGAAAAGACAAAAGGGAACGUUAUCUGAUCCUUCAGUAAUAUCAAAUGAUUCAAAAACUGUAAUUAGAAAUACAACACAGAAUAACAAGCCUAAAAAUAAAAAAGGCGCCCGUCAUAAUUUAGAAAUUUUCAAUAACGACAAUAAAGUUACAAAAGAUUUGAGUGAAAAGCUUGUAUCAACAACAACCGUUCCAAUCACCGCAACCACAUCACACUCUACACCAGAUUCGAACACAAAUCAAACGUUGAUCCAUGAAUUUUCUAAGAAUGAUAAUAAUUCACUGGACGUUGCUUUAAAUAAGCACCCUUACAAAAAUUUGGAGAUGCUAUCCGAAGCUAAUUAUGAUGAUGAAAUCGAUAAUAGUGAUCAGGAAAGCAUUGAAAGUAAUAUGGUUGGAAAUGAGUUGAAAUCAGAAGAGGAUGAUGACGUUGAUAAGACUCAGAACAUAAUAAUGACGGAUGAUUUUAAAGUUAAUGAGAAGAUAGAUCGUCCGAUUAAAAGCACCAUUAAUACCAUAGAUCCCAAUGCAAUAUCAAAUUUCUCACCGAACUCGUCAAAUGUAUUUCAUUCUUCUACUGUGAACAGUAAUACUCACGAACGCGUUUGCCUAGUUGCAAUGAAAGCAGAAGAGACGAUUUGUUUCCAGGGCUACGUUUUGGUAGCUCCUUUAUUUGGACAAGUUACUAUUAUGGGCCAUCGUUUGCGGGGUAUAUAUUCAUCAGAGACCAUCCAUCACCACCAACAAAAUCACAAUGCAAGAAAGAUUUCACAAAAAAAGAUUGAUUCUGAGGAUGAAUUAACUUUUUGGCCAGUUUUUUCACCAAAGACGCAUGGUCUUAUAGUUAUUAAAUCUAUGACGGUAGAAUCAAUCGCUACUGAAUUGCCAUCUUACAAAAUGUCGAAUGGGGGAAUUAAAGCUUCAAACGCUCUCAAGACAACCAUCAAUGAACUUUUAAUAAAUCUUAUUUCGGAAUGUGUUGCCUUCGACUCUAUCGUCGCUUUUUGCGAAAUGUCUUGGUGUGGAAUUGAUGGCGUUGAACGCACUUCAAUAUUCAAAAAUAUUUUUUCGAAGGAUCGGACAAGGAAUACUGACAACAUGACUUUUGACAAAACCGAUGCUUUCAGUAUCCCAGGAUUUUAUCCGAUUUUAGAACCAAUGCCGGGAAUCAUCGGUCUUCAUUUUCCUGAUUCAUGGAUGGCAACUGCUAAUCAAAUAUUAAUAGAAUCUCUUGACAAUAAUAUUACGGAUGGACGAGCGUUUCCUGUCAUAAUUUUAUUCGGGCAUAAAAAAGUGGGGAAAUCCACCUUCUCAAAAUUUCUUAUAAAUACACUGUUAAAUAGGCAUCCAAGAAUAGCGUACAUCGAGAGCGACAUUGGACAACCGGAAUUCACCCCAUCAGGAAUUGUUUCAUUAAGCAUAGUAGAUUCUCCGAUUUUCGGACCACCAUUUACGCACCCUAAACUACCUUAUAGAUCAUAUUUAAUUGGUCAUACCAAUCCGCGUGACGAUCCUGAUUACUAUUUAGCUUGUCUCCAAGAAUUGGUCGCAGUGUUUAGACGUGAUUUUGUAGAUUCAUCGGGAUAUGAUAAUAUCAAAAGUAAUAGUAAUAAAAAUAAAAUCCCAUUGAUCAUAAACACUCAUGGUUGGGUCAAAGGAUUAGGAUAUGAUCUAUUUCUACAACUCCACAACUUUGCAAAACCAACUCAUCUCUGCCAAUUCCAAUCUCUUACCAACCCAUAUCUAAACCCGCCCACUCUUCCAUCCAACGUUCUCCACCCCGAGGACAGACCUUUUCCGAAACUAUACUAUGUGGAUUCAAUCCUCUUUAGUCCAAAUCCUGCAAGAUUCACUGCACGAGAUCAACGAACCCUCAUGCUAAUUUCGUAUUUUUAUUCAGUUCAAUCUUUUUCUAAACAAUUAAUAUCACAGCAAGGAUUUGAUCAGGGGUGGUGGAAUUUCGAUAUACCACUUGUGCAGCAGGUUCCAUGGUGCUUGGAUUGGACUAAGGGGUUAUCAAAAGGAGUGUUUACGCUUUGUGCGGAAGUCCCAUAUAGUCAACUGUUAUAUGCUUUGAAUGGUUCAAUUGUUGGAUUAAUUGGUGACUUCGAAGUUGAGGAAGAUGAAAUGGAAUAUGAGGGUAAUGACAAUUACUUGAUUCAAGAGGAUAAUAGUAAUAAUAAUCAAACAGGUUCCUCAAAAAUCAUUCCACCACCUUAUUUUCCAUCUCCAAAAUUUCCACCACCUCCUCCGGCACAUCACACUUGCUUCGGAUUAGCCAUAAUACGCUCAAUCGAUCCGUCAACUCACACAUUCCACAUUUUAACUCCGCUCUCUAUCUCGAUAUUGAAACGAGUCAACGGAAUUGUAAAAGGUUCUUUAGAGCUACCGGUUUGUGUAAGUAUUGACGAAACUUCCAAAACUUCUGUUGGACUAUACCGGGUUCCAUGGAAAAAGGUGCCUUAUUUGAGUUUGGAUGUUGGUGGUGGCGCUGGACACGCUGCGCAACGUGUUAGAAGAAAUUUGAUGAGGCGCGGACAGAUGAAUGCUGCUGCAUCUAUACAGGAUUAA